GAUCGUAAAUAAACCACCGGCUUAUGAAUCGUUGCCAGUUUAGCUUUGGAGAGUAAACGAUCUCGACCCAGUGUUGCGGAUCUUACAGCUAGAUUCCUUUCGAGACGCCGUCAAAACUCAUGGAGCUGCUUCAAGCACAUGGGAUUGAUAAUUUUCACAUUUUGGAGGAUAACCUUUCUGGGUUUGAUGAUGACGAAGACAGUGGUUUAAGCUCAUCUCCGUCCACACCCGGGCCAGCGGACAACGAAAACGACCCUGGAAUGUUUGGAUUCGAAAACGAACCGUGUUCGAAUCUUGUCGAAACACUCAACACGUGCCUCUUUGAUGGCGAAUUGCCCAGCAAACUAUAUACUCACAUUAAGAUUAAGGAGGACUGCGAUGACGAACCUUGGCAAAGCGUUACCUUUCCGGACCAGCUGAGAGAUGUAAUAGCUUCACAAUCACUCAGCUUAUCAAGUGAUUUCUUCGGGGAGCCUUUCGAGUUAUUGAACGAUUUAUUUGAGCCUUCUACUGAUGAAAAAGUUGACGAUGAACGGUCAGGAAAACUGCAGUUCUUCACUGAGGACAAGUUAAAGGAAGCGUGCCCUGAUGAUUCGUCUGAUGAAACAAAUGACUUUACUACGAACAUUGUCGAAGAGCCAGCGAUCGAAGUCGUUUGUACUUCGGAAGAUGUUCGCCGGGAUUCAGUUAAACGUAAACUCAGAACUCGCAACAAAAUUAGUGCUAUCUCUGAUCACAAUUACGUCAAAUUGUCACAUAAAGCUGCUGAAGCUAAUAAUGAGUUUGGAGAUGACGAUAAGACUACGGUUGUUGAAGAUACAGAGGCGGAAGAAGAAGACGAAGAUGAUGACGACGAAGAUUUUAAGCCAUCUUGUUCAGCAAAGAAAUCACGCCGCGCGUCCCCAAACCCUGGUAUGGGUAAAAACGAGAAGUACUGGGAACGAAGGAAAAGGAACAAUUUGGCGGCAAAACGGUCACGCGAGGCUAAACGAGCCCGCGAGAUUGCGGUCGCCAAAAAGACUUCUAAUUUAGAGAAAGAGAAUAAUAAUUUGAGAAGGCAGGUUCAGAGACUGAAGGCUGCUAUUUCUAAAGCUGAGAAAAAACUUCGCGCGAUGGUGUAGCAAUGUUCGUCGUUUAAAGAAAGUUAUAUGGAUAUAUUUUCUCCUAAAUUGAUCGUGUUGUUGCUUUUGAUCUAGACCAAAGUGCAUCAUAUUCCAGUCGUUCAACUAUUUACACAAUCAGGGCGUAAAGAUUAGUUAUUUUCUACGCCAUAAUUUAAGAAUUCAUCUUGAAGAAUUCAUUCUCAAUGCGUCAAGGUUCGCCCUUUUUCGGUGAGAAACUAAAUGUAAUAUUCAUGAACAAAUGUACGCGUUGUUUUGUGUAAAUAUAUCACUUCUGAACAGAA